CCGGGCAGCGGGGCGGGGGAGGUCGAGGGCCAGCCACUGGCUGUUGUCUGGUCAGAACAUUCUUACCCAGAGACUUGCCUGGGGGCCGCGGGCUCCCCACGCAGCACAGCUCUCGGGGCUCUGCUAUCACAGUGAUGUCCACGCGGGUUGGAAGCGUUCUGUGUGACAGUGCUAGGCUGGUGCCUGCCCCAAGUGGCUCUGUUCUUGUCCUGGUUCAGCCUGCAUGUCAGGCGUGCCGAGAAACUGAAGUAAGACGUGAGCUUGAGUCCUGGAGAUUUCUGAUCCCUCGGCGGGGAGAAGGAGCAGAAGGUGUCAGAAGUACUUGUGCAAAUGAGGGAAGCAUUUCUGUGGGCUGUACUGGGGAUGGGGAGGGAUGCAACAGUCUGUGGAAGGGUGAGGCUGGGGGAUAGCCAACCUCCUCUACAGCUGCCUCAGCAAAGGCCUGUGGGUGCUGAGGUGGGGUGCUGCAGGCAAGAACCAGGAGGCCUCUUACUGCAAAGUGCUAAAUGUGCCCCAAACAUGGGGUCAGAUUGCAUCUUGUUGUGUGCUCUCAUUCCCUGGACAUUCACAUUAGCUCAGCCUGGCACUGCUGUGGUAAGGCAUGGUCUUUCUCCCUGACUCCUUGCUCCCAUUCCUAAGUUCUGCCUGUCUUCUGGCCAGUGAAAGUGUUUGUGCAGCUGCUGCAUGAGCUGGGUUGGGGAACUGCUCUAGGGUAAGCCAAACUUGGCAGAAAGCAGUUUUGCUCUGGCUGAUGUUUUGAUCCAGUACUCACUGCAGGCACAUGUGUGCUUGCACCAGCACCCAGGCUGGGGGAGCAGAGGGCAGGGAAGCAUCUCCUCAGCAGGGUGGCCAGACUUUACCCUGCUCGGAGAAGGAUUGAGGAAGGCUUUGUAGGAGCUCCCAGCCCAUCAGUUGCUUCUCAGAGGUACACUUGGCAUCCAUCCAGGGUGGCCUUUCACCACCCCUCCCCCACAGCCACUCCUACAGUGCUGACAUUAGCUGGGCCAAACCCUCCAUGUCCCUGUGCACCUUGGGGCUGAGUUUCACACUGGGCUGAACGAUUCCUGGUGGCAGAGAGGCAGAAAGGCUCAGGGGUUAGAACAGGUAAAUAGGAACAACCUGUGCCUUGCCUACACUACUCCAAAACACCAUGGUACUAAGUGGCUUUGGGCUGCCAUCAUUCUGGCAGAGCUCCAACCCUGCUUGGUUCCUGCCUGCUCUUGGGGAUAACUGUCAGCAGAGCACCGAGGGAGCUGAGCCCUCAGUGAGGCAUGAGACCAGUAGGGCUCUCCUUUUCAAUAGAAGAUGAUCCUUUCUCAGGCCUCUGAGCAGCCCCCCUGGGAGCUUGCUGUCACCCUGCCCAGCAGUUACCCUGUGCCACCCCUUUGGAGGUACAGGAAGUAGGCAAUGGAGCCUUGCAUGGUCCUGUACCAAGCAGUUGCUGCUUCUUAUCUCCCACUCCUGGGAUUCUCACCCUAGAGAAAUUAAGCAAAAAAUGCUUUCCUGUGUUUGUGGAGCCCACAUUUGCUUUCUGGGCACCAGGAAGUACCCACAGCUGACCUGAUUCAAUGGUGGUGGGGACUGGAGCUGAGCAACAGUGUGCUGCUGGCAGAGGCUCAUCAUGUUUGCCACUGCAAGGGGCCCUUCCUACUACAGCCAGAGGCACUGCUGCAUCUCGAGGAGACCCAGAGUAUGGAGCAGCUUGGGGCUGGCCCUUCUGGCCUCCUACACCCUUUAAAGCUCCUUGGAGCUCUGCACAGUGUCUGCUGGCUGAUGUGGGGCCCCUCCAGUACGGGUGGCAGGGGUUUUCUGGGCUGGGCAGCCUAACUGGGUGCAGCCCUUCAGCUUUUCACUUGGCUUUGGUGGCUCUUGGUUAUGAAGGUGGGUUGGCCUGGAGAGAAGUGGUUUGUAUGCAGUGCCUGUCAUGGGACUGGCUUUGCCAGAGCUGAGGGCAAGGGUAGGACGACUUUGCUCUCUGGAUUCUUUUGCAGUUUGUGGCUACUUGUUGCCCCGGGGCAGACACUCCGGUGAUGUGUUGUGGGCAGCCCAGAGCUGCCUGUGUGCGCCCUCUGACUGACACCUUCCUUUGGAGGUGCCUCCUGCCUGUGCCUGAGUGGAGCUCUGGGGUCUGUGCUGAGUGCAUGGGUGAGAGCAGGACAGGGUGGUCCUGAAGGCUCAGCUUGCCUCCUGCUGAGAGAGAGGCAGGCUCAGCAGAGCUGGGCUAGACCAAAAUGCUAUUUGGCUUUGUGUCCUCAGAUGGCAGCAGGGCUAUGGGGUGGGGUUUGGUGUGGAUCAGUGCUGUGGGAGCUGCCACAGGCUGCUGGCACCUGGGAGUGUGCAGGAUCUGUGAGGCUGGGCCUGCUGGCCUGUCACAAACCCCUCAGACUGCUGAGCACCAGUGGGUUCAGGGCAUGCAGCCAGGGCAGCCAGGGAGGAAGCUUUCCCAGCUCAGCUUUCACCAUCUCCACGGAGGCACCUUGAGUGGGGCUGUUUUCAGUGGGUUGUGAGCACCCGAGGGUGAAACUGGAGAGUGAAACUAAGACCAGCUCUUGGGCCAGGAGCUCUUAAACCUGGUGUGGUAGCUGACUCUGCCAGGGAGGGCAUGUUUAAGGGGGCACUGGUGAGCCCUCUGCUUGCCCUCUCCCUGGGGCAGAAGGAUCAGAGGAGCAGAGGUGUCCUGUUUCCAGGCCAGACACUGCUGACGCUGUCUGUAAACCCUGGGGAGACAAGCAUGCAAAGCGCAGUCCUGCUGGUGAAGCUCCCAGCUGGUGGGUGGAGGGGGAGGAACUCUCCUCUUGCCAGGGAGCUCCGCUCUCAUCUGUCACGGGAGACUGUCCCGUGCCUGCUCCCGCUUCUCCCCUUUCUUCCUUGUUAGGGCGUUACUCGCUGCCAUUCCCGCCCUCUGACGUGGGGCCCUGUCAGUCUGAAAUAGCUGCUGCCCCGAGCCAUGGGGUGAGCUGCCCCAGUUGACCUCAAAGGCUUGAUUUUUUUAAUUUUGGCUUAGGGCCUCCCCAUGUCCUUGCCCAUGGCUCUGCCUCUGGGUGGUUUUUGUGCUGGAGGCUCCUGGAGGCCAGUGUUGCUGUAGUGGGAGCCAUGAGCAUGACAAUUGCUUUCCAGGUUUUUAAUGUGUGCCACAUACAGAAGACUGUAUCUUGGGAGUAUCUUGGUUGUAUCCUGGGAGCUCUGACAAGCCCAUACUUUUGGCAGUAAGCGUUGUAACAGCCAUGAUGAGGCCACUAGUUCCUUGCCAGAGAGUUUGAUCACAGAGAGUCGCCAAGAUAGCUGGGCCAGGAAGAAAACGUCGCACCCCUGACCCAGACUCCAUCACCGACCCCGGCGGGCCCUUUGUGUCCUCCAAACGACUGAAAAUGUCCAGCAGCACCAAUGCCCCUGGCCAGAGGAGAGUCACUCGGGGCUUGGAUGAUGCCACCAACAAAAAGAAGCAGAAGGAUAGAGCCAACCAGGAGAGCAAGGAAGUGUCUCGCCCUGAGCUCAAGCAGGCUGAGACUGCCCAGGAGAAGGACUCAGAGGAGGAGCUGCAGCUGGACUGGAAGCAGAACGCUGACGAGAUCAUCGUCAAGCUCAACCUUGGCAGUGGAGCUCUGAAGGUGGAGGAUGUGGUCACUUCUUUCACUGACACAGACUGUCUGGUCAAACUACCAGACGGGCGCCAGUGGAGCUGUCAGUUCUACGAGGAGAUUGAGGGCUCCUGCAGCAAGGUCCAGUGCAAGAAAGGCAACUUUCUACAGCUUGUGCUUCAGAAGAAGAUCCCACUCCAUAACUGGUCUUCGCUUCUGAAGAGAAGGAAAGACGGAUCCAAAGAGAUGGCCAAAGGGACCAUGUGCUGGGAGAAUGGGAAGGAGAAGGCUGCCUCUGCAGAGUUGGCCCCUGAAGAGCUGCAGGUUGAGGGCACAGAGCCGCUGAGGUCCCGACGGGAGCCCUCCAACCCAAAGCGCGCUCCAGGAAGAAGUGAGGCCCUGGGAGGGAAAAGCCCAGCCAGCCCAGGGAUGCAGAGCGGCCCCAGCGCCAAGCGGGCAGUGUACCUCAAAGUGGCUCCUGCCGAGGAGGAGCCCAACACCAGAGUCAGCGGGAGCACGGAGCCCAGCAAAGGGCACGGCGGGAGGGCAGGCGGCCGCCGCGCCGGCAGAGCCAGCCAGGCUGAUGCACCCACAGCCCUCACGGACCUCGCGCCACCGCUCGAGAAGGCAGGGGUUUUGGCCAAGGAGACCGUUGCAGUGGAGAUGCCACCUCUCACUGCUACCACGGAGGUGUUCCCCCACUGUGUUGCCACCUGUGUGGAGAAGAGGGUCCUGCAGCCAGGCAGCCCUGCUGAGGCCUUGCGGGGCCGAGACUGCACGCCUGUCCUGGGAGAGAGCUCUAAGACUGUCCCAGCAGCCACCCCUCCCCUGGGCAGGGACAGUGAGAAGAGGGACUGGUCCAAGGAUGACGUGGCUUUGGAAGCAGCAGCUGAUGAGCCAGAGCCUUUUGUGAGCCUGACCUUUGUCAAGAAUGACUCAUACGAGAAGGGCAACGACCUGGUGGUGGUGCAUGUCUACGUGAAAGAGAUCCACAAGGAGACAUCCAAGGUGUUGUUCCGAGAGCAAGACUUCAUGCUGGUGUUCCAGACGAGUGACACAAACUUCCUUCGCCUCCAUCCUGGCUGUGGGCCCCACACAGUGUUCCGGUGGCAGGUGAAGCUCAGGAACCUAAUUGAGCCGGACCAGUGCACAUACAACUUCACGGUGUCUCGCAUCAAUGUCUGCCUGAAGAAACGCCAGAGCCAGCGAUGGGGAGGGCUGGAGGCUCCGGCCACACGAGGUGCAGUGGGUGGUGCAAAGGUUGCCGUGCCUACAGGCCCUACCCCUCUGGAUAAGAACCCCCCAGGCAGUAACCAGCACCCCCUGUCCAGCAAGGAGGAGGCCCGAGCCAGUGACAAAGAGAAGCCACGUGUGGAAGAUGGGAGUCUGGAUGGCGUGGCUGCCCGUACAGCCCCAGAGCACGUGGCAGUGAAGCAAGAGCCACACAUCCCAUCGCCCAAACCGACCUGCAUGGUGCCACCGAUGACACACAGCCCGGCGAGCACUGAGAGCGUGGAGGACGAUGAGGACGAGGAUGAGAAGAAGAAGGUCUGCCUGCCUGGCUUCACGGGGCUGGUGAACUUGGGCAACACCUGCUUCAUGAACAGCGUCAUCCAGUCCCUCUCCAACACCCGGGAGCUGCGUGACUACUUCCACGAUCGGUCCUUUGAGUCAGAAAUCAACUACAACAACCCUCUGGGGACAGGGGGACGUCUGGCCAUCGGCUUUGCCAUGCUGCUGCGGGCACUGUGGAAGGGCACACACCAUGCCUUCCAGCCUUCUAAACUGAAGGCCAUCGUGGCCAGCAAGGCCAGCCAGUUCACCGGCUACGCCCAACACGAUGCUCAGGAGUUCAUGGCCUUCCUGUUGGAUGGCCUGCACGAGGACCUCAACCGCAUCCAGAACAAGCCCUACACAGAGACUGUUGACUCGGAUGGGAGGCCUGACGAGGUGGUAGCUGAGGAGGCCUGGCAGCGACACAAGAUGAGGAACGACUCUUUCAUUGUGGACCUCUUCCAGGGCCAGUACAAAUCCAAGCUGGUGUGCCCAGUGUGUUCCAAGGUGUCCAUCACAUUCGACCCUUUCCUGUACCUCCCUGUGCCCCUCCCACAGAAGCAGAAGGUGCUGACUGUCUACUACUUCGCAAAAGAGCCACACAAUAAACCCAUUAAGUUCCUUGUGAGUAUCAGCAAAGAGAACUCCAGUGCCAUGGAGGUACUUGACUCAGUGGCCCACAGUGUCCAUGUGAAACCAGAGAACCUGCGCCUGGCAGAGGUGAUCAAGAAUCGCUUCCACCGCAUGUUCCUGCCGUCCAACUCGCUGGACAUGGUGUCCCCCACAGACCUGCUGCUCUGCUUCGAGGUGCUGUCACCAGAGCUGGCCAAGGAGAGGGUGGUGGAGCUGCAGGUCCAGCAGCGUCCGCAGGUGCCCAGUGGCCACGUUGCCAAGUGUGCAGCCUGCCAGAAGAAGCAACUGUCAGAGGAUGAGAAGCUCAGGCGCUGCACGAGGUGCUAUCGAGUCGGUUACUGCAAUGUGGCAUGUCAGAAAACACACUGGCCAGACCACAAGGCUUUGUGCCGCCCUGAGAACAUCGGCUUCCCCUUCCUCAUCAGCGUGCCCGAGUCCCGCCUCACCUAUGCCCGCCUGGCCCAGCUGCUGGAGGGCUACGCAAGGUACUCAGUCAACGUCUUCCAGCCUCCAUUCCAGCUGGGUCGGAUGUCGCCAGAGCAGGGGCUGCAGCCUCUGCUCCCAGACAAGCUGGAGCCACUGGCCAAGAGCAGCUGUGCAGCAGCCACUUGUGCCCCUGGGCUGGGGGACGGGGACAGGGCAUCCAGCCUUCUACAGGAGCCCCCACUCUCGCCAGCUGUGCCUGAGCUGCACCCGGAGCUGGGAGACACGGGUACUGUGCGGAGCAAGGUGCUGGCAGCCAGGAGUUCCCUGCUGAGCUUGGAUUCGGGCUUCUCCGAGCACAUGGAGUCACAGGGUGACAGCUGUUGUGAGAAGGAGCCGUCCUAUGAAAGAGCCCUCAGGCCAGAAGCUGCCAUCCCUGGGUACCAACACACUCCAGACUCGCUGAGUGCUCGCGCCACGCAGUUCUACAUCAACAAGAUCGACGCUGCCAACCGAGAGCACAAGCUGGAAGAUAAAGGUGACACACCCCUGGAGCUGACAGACGACUGCUCCCUUGCCCUGGUGUGGAAGAACAAUGAGCGCCUCAAGGAAUUUGUGUUGGUGGAGUCCAAGGAGCUGGAGUGUGCGGAGGACCCAGGCUCAGCCAGCGAAGCAGCUCGGGCUGGCCACUUCACCCUGGAGCAGUGCCUCAAUCUCUUCACUAAACCCGAAGUCCUGGCCCCAGAGGAGGCAUGGUACUGCCCCAAGUGCAAGCAGCACCGCGAGGCCUCCAAGCAGCUGAUGCUAUGGCGGCUGCCCAACGUCCUCAUCAUCCAGCUCAAGCGCUUCUCCUUCCGGAGCUUUAUUUGGAGGGACAAGAUCAAUGACAUGGUGGACUUCCCCGUCCGGAGCCUGGACCUGAGCAAGUUCUGCAUUGGCCGGAAGGGUGAGCAGCAGCUGCCGGUGUACGACCUGUACGCUGUGAUCAACCACUAUGGGGGCAUGAUUGGGGGGCACUACACGGCCUACGCCCGCCUGCCCAACGACAAGAACAGCCAGCGCAGCGACGUGGGCUGGCGGCUCUUCGACGACAGCACCGUCACCACUGUGGACGAGAGCCAGGUGGUCACCAGAUACGCCUACGUCCUCUUCUACCGCCGGAGGAACUCUCCUGUGGAGAGACCUCUGCCAGGGCACACCCCAGACCACCGAGCUGAGCGCACCUCCUCUGCCGAAGCUGCUGCCAGCCAGGCUUCUCUGAUCUGGCAGGAACUGGAGGCUGAAGAGCAAGAGCUGCAGCUCGAGGCACCCCAAAGGCCUGCAAGAAACUCCUGGAGGCCCCGUGGCCAGAAGCGGAGUCCGGGCAACCCCCAGCACCCAGACGAAGGCUGCGUCAGAUACUUUGUCCUGGCCACCACGGCCGCGAUUGUGGCUCUGUUCCUGAAUGUAUUCUGCCCACUCAUUUACCAGACCCGCUGGAGAUAGGCACAGGGCCAGCCAUGGGAGCGGGGCCGCCGGGGCACGCGCUGUCCCAGGACACUACGCGACGAAGACAUUGGGCAGCAGGACAGAAACCACUGGGAAGGACUCGCCGAGGGAAGCGUGGGGCUGUCUGCUGCCACCCAUCUGCUCUGGCAUCUCCUGUGCCAGCUGGCAGCACUGCAUGGCCAGCCUGCUGCCUUGCCAAGGCGCAGCCCAGAAGCGGGAGUCUCUGCCCUUCCUCACCCUUGCUGCGUGUGGGGCACAGAGCAGAUCUCGUGGCUACCUGCUGCUCAGGAAGGGACGUUGCUGCCGCUGCAGCAGCGCAGCCGAGGCCUCAGAGACCCUCAGAACAUUGACUGCCACUGCUCUGGCUCUCCAAAGAGAAGCAGAGACCAGCGAAGAGGCUGCAGCAAGGCCAGGAUGCCCUGACCCAGGACCUGGCCCAGCUGCCUCUCCCGUCUGUGCUGCUGUGGGAGCCUUGUGCUUCCUGGGGUUGGCAUGAACUGCGGCUCCCAGGCCAGCCUGCUGCCUCCUACCAGCCUCUCUGUGCUACCCCCGUGCUGCGGCCAAAGGACAUGUGUGCUUCCCUGCUCUGCCCUGCCACGGCUCCUCUCCCCCAGGCAGGUGCUGGUGAGCUUGGCAGCCUGGGCUGGGGUGCCUGUGGUGAGCAUCCCCUCCCAAGAGCUGCUGGCUCCCACAGCCCCCCAGCACCAGGAGACAUGGGGGCUGACCUGGCCCCACGGUGGCUGCAGUGAGAGGGAGCACAGGGUCUGGGCCGGGGCUGCACAGUGCAGCAUCACAUUUGUGAGUGGCCUGGCUGCCUGUGCCAUGGGAGAGGCACAGGGCCAGGGAGUGCAGGCAGGACCUCGCUGUGUUAAUAAAGCCGGGUUUUCCCAAGGCACUGCAGCAUCUCUGUCCUGUGUGUUGGGAACCCCACACAAGGGCAGGGACUUUGUGCUGGAACCCAUGGCCUUCCUCUUUCCAGCCUAGCUGGCAUGGGGACUGUGCCCUGUGCUCGGCCAGGUGCUUGGCACACCCUCUGCAGCAGCAGGCUCCAAGGAGAGCUCUGCCUGUGCGGCUGUGGGGCAGAGGCUGGGCUCCCUCUCCCCAGAUGUGGGGUGGCAGCCCCCAUAGGACACAAGCAGGACAGGGGGAGCCUGGGGGGCCGGGAGCACACGUCCCCAUGGGGCUGGGGCACAGGCUGCCACUCCCGCGGUGUCUGACAUUGAGACGUGUUGCCCUUGGUGAGCGUGGCUUGGGCCGCUCGGGCGUGUUUGGGUGCGAGAGGUGACUUCAGAGCCCUGUGACUUCCUUUUCCGUCUCCGCCGCUGUCCCACUGGCGCUGCCCUUGGCUGGCUGGGGAAGGAUGCUGGGCCAGGAAGGGGCUCGCCUGUGUUUCUGGCCAGGGCUUGAGCCAGGAAGGGGCUCGCCUGUGUUUCUGGCCAGGGCUUGAGCCGGACAGCCGGGAGCCCGGGGCUCCCCCCACCUCUGUCCUGCACCACUCUUCUGUGUGUGCCGCCAUGUUCUCUCUGCCAAGCAGGUCUCAGCCGGGCAGCCUGGCGGGACUGUGCCACAAUCAUGAGGUGCCUGUCCUGGAACAGUUGCCUCAUUGUCUGCAGCCCCGGGGCUCGGUGGCUUCCCCCGCUCGCCCACAGCACUGGACUCGUGGGGCUGAGUCAGUGCCCGGCGCCGGUGGGGUGACCUCUGCUCUGGCUGGCGCUGGUGCCCCGGGCUUGGGGCCCAGAAGCCACUGCCUGCACCUGCCCUCCCGCCUUCCCCUGAGCUGGGUGGCCAGCAGCAAGGCCUGGGCUAGUUGCUCUCGGCUCUGGAAAUCCCCUCUGGUCCUGUGCUGUUCCUCAGCCCCAGGCGGGUGUUGGCAGCUUGCCCCAUGGCUUGCUGCUGCUGUCUGCCUGGCUGAGUGCUCCUGCCGAGGCACAGGGCUCUGCCCAGACUGGCCCUGGCCACAGCAGCCCCAGGGGCACAAGUGCUGGGCUGGGGAGAGGAGUGCAGCCUGCUCUGCUCCAGCAGGCACAGGGGAGCUGCUGCUGGGGACCCUGGGCACGACACAGCACCAGCUCCUGUGGUAUGAGUUCCCUACCCUAAAGGGCAUAAAGGUGCCCCCACGGCCCCCCAGGAGCAGGGAGGGAGAGGAUG